AAAAAUAAAAGAAAACAAGGAAACCAGGGUUUCGAUAUGGAGAACCCUCUCUUUCUAACCUUUUCUUCGUUCCUUUUUGUUAUCCAUUUUGUUCCGUUGUCAGCCUCAACUCCAUCAUACCUGAGUUUCCUUCAGUGCUUAUCCGAACAUUCACGUCCAUCUGACCACAUACUGUCAAGAGUGUACACUCCAAACAACUCCUCAUAUAAGUCUGUGCUACAACACUAUAUCAGAAACCAGAGGUUCAAUAGAUCAACCACUCCAAAACCCGACAUUAUUUUCACUCCGUUGCAAGAAUCCCAUGUUCAGGUUGCUGUCACUUGCUGCAGGAAAACUGACAAGUACCUAAAGAUCCGAAGUGGAGGGCAUGACUACGAAGGCAUUUCUUAUGUCUCCAACAUCAGUUUUGUUCUUCUUGACAUGUCUAACCUGCAUUCAAUUGAUGUAGAUAUCCAAAAUGAAACUGCUUGGGUCCAAGCUGGUGCACUUCUAGGCGAACUUUACUACAGAAUUUGGGAGAAAAGCAAAGUUCAUGCCUUCCCAGCUGGUGUUUGCCCAACUGUUGGUGUUGGUGGACACAUAACUGGAGGAGGAUACGGUAACCUGUUAAGAAAAUAUGGACUGUCAGUGGACAAUUUAGUUGAUGCACGCAUAGUAGAUGUUCAUGGUAGAAUUCUUAACAGAGAAUCAAUGGGAGAAGACCUGUUUUGGGCGAUCAGAGGUGGGGGUGGUGCUAGCUUUGGAGUGAUAUCGGCCUACAAACUUAGAUUGGUAAAAGUUCCUGAUGUUGUUACUGUUUUCCGGGUAGUGAGGACCCUCGAAGAAAAUGCAAUUGACAUUGUUUACUGGUGGCAAUUCAUUGCAGAGAAAAUAGAUAACAAUCUCUUUAUAAGGUUAGCUCUAAAACCUAUUGAUGAGAAGCAAAAAGGAACUAAGACAAUAACAGCAACAUUUGUAUCAUUAUUUCUUGGAGAUUCCAAAGAACUUCUAUCCAUCAUGAAUAAAGAUUUUCCUCAAUUGGGUUUACAUAUCGAGGAUUGCAAGGAAAUGAGUUGGAUAGAGUCUGCACUUUUCUGGGCAAGUUUCCCUAAUGGAACACAGCCUGAUGUUUUGCUCAACCGAAAACCUGGAGCAAAGUUUCUGAAGCGCAAGUCAGACUAUUUGCAGAAACCCAUUCCCAAGGAUGAGCUCAAAUCUCUGUUAGAUAAAAUGAUUGAAUUAGGAGACACAGAAUUAGUAUUCAAUCAAUAUGGUGGAAGGAUGAGUGAAAUACCAGAAUGGGAAACUCCAUUUCCUCACAGAGCAGGAAAUAUAUUUAAAAUCCAGUAUGCAGCAAACUGGGGAAAAGAAGGAAAGGAAGCAGAGAACUUCUAUUUGAACCAGACCAGAGUAUUGCACAACUACAUGACUCCUUUUGUGUCAAAAUCCCCAAGAUGUGCAUAUUUAAAUUAUAGAGACCUUGACAUAGGGGUCAACCAUAAUGGAAACAAUCGCUACAUUGAAGGUCGUGUUUAUGGAUUGAAGUAUUUCAAGGAUAAUUUUAAUAAAUUGGUCCAAGUCAAGACUUUGGUUGAUCCAGAUAACUUCUUCUGGAACGAACAGAGCAUCCCUCCUUUAGCAGCAUAA